AUGUCGGAUGCGCUCCUGAGUUUUGAAGAAAUUCGUGACAAGCUGCACGCGCGUGGCUACUCGAAGCACCAUAUUUCGGAAGAAGGUCUAAGUUCGCGGGAUAAGCAGACGCUUCUCGAGGUUUUGCGCGCGUUGCUGGCGGAGCACGAUGAAGAAGUACAAUUACGAGAAAAACUACUCGUGCGUAACCGCGAGCUAGAGCAGACAUUAGAGAGAAAUAAACGAUCAAGGAAACAGGACGAAAAUUUUUCGAACGAGAGGGAUGCAAAACUUCACAACGCCCAGAUGCAACUGCAAAGCGCACAGGCUGCGCUCAAUGAAGAGCAAGUAGCUCACCGCAUAACGCGCGAUCAACUUACGCGCACGCGAAAGCAAAUGAAUCAAAUCAAAACAGCUGCGAGCCAGUACCGAACAUCGGCUGAAAGGCAAGUUGAUCGACUGAGGGAGCGCGCCACGGCGCUGACCAAAUCGGGACUGAAGGCACUGGUUCCUGACAUUCGCAUUGCCAGUCCAUCGUUCCUCACACAGAGCAGCUCCGAGUCUGGUGAUCUGCAAGAAAAAUCACUAGAAGAGACGGAAAAGCGAAAUGCAGCCUUGUUAGAAACAUGUCAUGCACUGAAGCGCCUUGCUCUCGACGCUCUCAUCGUUUUGUACCAGGCGGAUAUUCGUUUAAAAAAGAUUUUGGACGUAGAGUCGCGGGACUCUGCGCUGCGAUCUUCUCGACGAGGCUUUCUUCCACAAACUUCAUUGGAAGAUUUGGAGCUCCAUGAAAUCUUUCCACCGCUUCGUCCCUUGGUCACGGACGACACAGAGGAAACACAUCCGGCACGUCGGCAUCUGGCACGUCUGGCCGACAACUUGCAAUCACAUGUAGCCGGCCUAUCGCAGUGGGCAGCUCUGCAGCACGUUGAACAGGACCAACACGCGAAACGGCGACGCACGGAUCCGUCUAAGUAA